UCUUCACUGGUUUCUCCAUCAUCGUCGUCUUCUUCUUCAUCGCCGUCUUUUCCUCCAACAUCAUCUUCGUCUUCUUCUUCGUCUUUUCCUCUGUCAAAAGGCAUGGAGAAUACUCAGAAUACUGAGUCGUCGUACAGGAAGAGAUCGUCAUGCGACCCCGGGGAUCGUUCUUCGCCGCCGAAGCGUGGCCGCGUCGUGUGUAGAACAAUGGGAAGUUCACCGGUCGACGAUCAUGAGGAGCCGGGCCUUGACCUGACGCUUCGGCUCGGUUCGUCAAGAACAACACAGAACCAGAGGGUGCAGUUUCAAGCACCAGCAGUGGAGGAUAAAAUCUCUAAGUUGGAAUCGGUUCGAGCAGAGCUCGCCAGAUCAGAGGAGAAGAAUUGGCUUCUGAAGGAAAUGCUUAGUGUAGCGACCAAGGAGAACGACGAACUGCGAGAUCGUCUAUCGAAGUUGCAUUUCAAAGGCAGAAAUAAGCAGGCGACUGAGAAGAAGAUGAGGAUCGCCCCAGGCCCCUCCUCUUCCUCCAACCCAGAUCGAGCCGAGCCAAGCAUGAAGAAGCCCCAAGUUUCGCUUCGGAUCCUGACUGAAAAACCGAUUAUAAAGGAUGACUGUCUCUGGAAAAAAUAAGGGCAAAAGAAGUAGGGGAGCGUUUUUCCUUGAGCUUACUAUCCUUGUUCUUUAAAGGAAGACUGCUCUGUUAGAAAGAAGGUUCAGCAUUGUGCAGAGGAUCCAACAGUUUUGAUCACUACCUACGAGGGGUCGCAUGACCACCUGCUUCCUGAUGACGCCGUCGCGAAGGCCAGCGGCACUUCGGAGGCCAUGUCUAUGUCAUUGUCCGGCUCUUUGUCCUCCACAAACUAUGGGUCAAUCUCCCAGUUAAGAUCCUCUGUCCCCAUUUCUCUCUAUCGUCGUGUUCCAUUAUCAAUCGGACGGAUCAGAUUAAAUCUAAAGAUACUUUGCACAUACGAGAAUACUGCACCUAUUUUAAAGAUGUCAUAAUGUCUUGAGAUUUAAUCUGAUCCGUCUGAUUGAUAAUAAGACACAGGAACAGAGAGAAAUGGAGACAGAGGAUCUGAACUAUCGAUCUCUAACGACAACCUUUUGGCCGGAGCGACGAUCUCGGAGAUUGAGCCUUUCCCGUCUGUCAUGGUCGCUGCUUCCUCCAGGAUUCCCGGAUCCGAUGGUGAUGGACAAGAGGAUGGCAAGAAAGAAUGAACUAAACGAUUUUGAUGGAGUUGAUCUAUCGCUAGUGCUCAGGAUUGUUGGAUUCAGCUAGAACAAGGCAUUGGUAGUUCUCUAAGAUUUAUGUAGCCAAUUAUAAAAAAAUAAGAUAAAUAUGUUUUGCAUUUGUAGGGAUACAAUUAAAAAAAUAUGUAAAAGAUGUUGAAUUUAAAAAGAUAUAAUAUUGGUAUGAAAUUUGAUA